AUGAGUUACCAGCUGGACCAGCAGCCACAGCCUCCGGGGUGCAUUGACAACCCUCGCUCGGAAGGUUGCAAGUUCCUCCGUCACAACAUCCCCAGGACGCAUAGAUGCUAUCAUGUCCAUGUCAAGCAGCAGCAGCAGCAGCAGCAGCAGAUAACGCUGCACCAGUCCAAGCCUCGCCAGGAAGCAGACUGGAUAAUGCAAGACCGGUAA